AUAGGUGAUACGCUGCUUCCUUGCACCAUGGCAAUGGACGUAACUUUUCUGGGCACGGGUGCUGCCUAUCCCUCUCCAACUCGAGGGGCUUCGGCGACGGUGGUCCGCUUCGAAGGGGAAUGCUGGCUGUUUGACUGUGGCGAAGGCACCCAAACUCAGUUCAUGAGAAGUCCCCUGAAAGCAGGUAGAAUUACCAAGAUCUUCAUCACUCACCUUCACGGAGACCACUUCUUUGGCCUUCCCGGACUCCUCUGUACUAUCAGUCUCCAGAGCAGCUCCACCACCAACAAGCGACCGGUUGACAUUUACGGCCCACUGGGACUAAGGAGCUUCCUCCGGAGAGUUAUGGAGCUCUCCCACUCGCAACUUGUCUUCCCUUACGUGGUUCACGAGCUGGUGCCCACGCAAAAUCAGUGCCCGGCGGAAGAGCUUAAAGAGGUUUCUUUUGUGGACAGAGAUGUCACCUCGUUGGAAGAAACGCAGGGGGACAGGAUUCGUUUGGAUCCCGCAGAAGACUCGUACGUGUUGGUGGAUGAUGAGCAGUUCGUGAUGAAGGCGUUCAGGCUCUUUCACCGAAUACCUUCCUUUGGUUUUGUCGUGGAAGAGAAGAUGCGGCCCGGAAGACUCAACGUGCAAAAGCUGAAGGAACUAGGAGUUCAGCCAGGCCCUCUGUACGGAAAACUGAAAGAUGGAGUUGCUGUUCUCCUAGAAAACGGGACAACUGUUUCUCCCUCAGACGUCUUAGAAGACCCUGUUCCAGGAAGAAAAAUUUGUAUCUUGGGAGAUUGUUCUGGUGUAGUUGGAGAUGGAGUGGUGAGGCUUUGUGACGGAGCAGACCUGUUGGUUCACGAAGCCACGCUGGAUGACAGCCAAGCGGCCAAAGCCGAAGAGCGUGGCCACAGCACUCCCAAGAUGGCGGCCGAGUUUGCAAAGCUGUGUAAGGUGAAGAAACUGGUUCUCUCUCACUUCAGCCAGAGGUAUAAGCCGGCCGGUCAGGUUGGCGAAGGCGACACGGAUGUUAUGGAAUUGAAGAGACAAGCAGAGCUGGCGUUGGGUGGACAAGAAGUGGUAUUAGCAGAGGAUUUCAUGACCAUCGGUAUUCCAAUGAAAAACAAACUUUCUGCUACCUGACUACAGACGGGAGAAAUUAAUUUGCUGAUAGAUUGAUUCCAUAGC